AAACGAUUGAAAAUUGUUCUGUAACACUUUUGUGGAGUUCUGUGAUUGGCCGCUGUUUACGUAUAUAAAUCUUGCGAUCAUGAUUUGACUAACACGACACGAUUGCGCCUAUCGGGAUGCUCUUAGCUUUGGUGGUUUUGUUGCUGUCAGAAUACUCCCUGGGGCAUGAAGUUUGGUUUUCGGAAACUUUUCCUAAUGAAUCUAUUGAGGAUUGGGUGCAAUCAACAUAUAAUGCCGAAAAGCAAGGGGAAUUCAAAGUAGAAGCUGGGAAAUCUCCAGUUGACCCAAUAGAAGAUUUGGGCUUGAAAACAACUCAAGAUGCUAGAUUUUAUGGUAUUGCACGUAAAAUCUCUGAACCGUUCAGCAACCGUGACAAAACAAUGGUUCUCCAAUUUACCGUCAAGUUUGAUAAAACUGUCAGCUGCGGAGGAGCUUAUAUCAAACUUCUUGGUUCAGAUAUUGAUCCUAAGAAGUUUCACGGCGAAACGCCUUACAAGAUCAUGUUUGGUCCUGAUAUUUGCGGCAUGGCCACAAAGAAAAUCCAUGUCAUUUUCAACUAUAAGGGAAAAAACCACCUGAUUAAAAAAGAAAUACCCUGCAAAGAUGACCAAAAAACGCAUCUACACACACUAAUUAUUAAUCCAAAUAACAAAUAUGAAGUUUUAGUUGAUAACGAAAAAGUGGAAGAAGGAUCAUUGGAGGAUGAUUGGGAUAUGCUUCCUCCCAAAAAGAUUGACGACCCAAAUGAUAAGAAACCUGAUGACUGGGUUGAUGAGCAAUUUAUCGAUGAUCCGGAUGACAAGAAACCUGAUAAUUGGAAUCAACCUAAAAUGAUAACUGAUAUGGAUGCCAAAAAGCCAGAUGAUUGGGAUGACGUUAUGGAUGGUGAAUGGAAACCUCCCCUAAAAGACAAUCCCGAAUAUAAAGGUGAGUGGACACCGAGACGUAUCGAUAAUCCAAAAUACAAAGGAGAAUGGAAGCCUCAACAGAUUGACAAUCCAGAAUAUAAACAUGAUCCCGAAUUGUAUGUUCUGAACGACAUUGGUUAUGUCGGCUUUGAUCUGUGGCAAGUCGAUUCAGGAUCAAUCUUUGACAACAUUUUAAUUACUGACAGUCCGGAUUUCGCUAAACAAGAAGGCGAGCGACUGUGGCGAAAACGAUACAAUGCUGAAGUUUCUAAGGAACAGUCAAGUGCGAAAGGUGAUGAUAAAGAGGAGGCUGGAGAAACAAAAGAACAGGAAGAGCUUCCAAGCGAUUCAAAACCGUCGGAUGAGCCAUCUGGUGACCACGAUGAACUGUGAAAUUGGAUGUUGGUCGUGGUGAGAAUACUAUUUGCUGUUUUUUUUUUAAAGUUAGUAUUCUAUGCUCCAAAUCUGUACAUUUACCAUUUUUUCCUGAUUAAUAUAAAUUGUUGUGACUACAUUA